UGUGUCCACAGCGGCGCUCCGUACAUCAACCGAAUGAACGGAACCGAAUGUCACGAGGCGCUCGGUACAUCAACAUCAACCGAAUGAACGGAGCUGAUGAGCGUCGUGAUUAUCUCGAGCGCUUUCCUUCAGCUAGCUUCACUCAUUUAUAACACUGCCGGUUCAGUCUGAGGUAUGUCCACCCCAGAGCCCCCGCUAGGAGGGACACAAUGUCCAGGACCCUCGCCCGGUCCGGGGCCUUCUCCUGGGAACGUUCUGGGUUCAGGGCUUUCCCCUGGAUCUUCACACAGUAUGAUGGGCCCCAGCCCCGGACCCCCGACUUCAACAGGACACGCUUUUCCUCAACAAGGAUCUGCAGGAUACAAUCAGGAAAACUUACACCAAAUGCACAAAUCAGUGGAUGAGAACCUUCCAGAAGAUGCCCGUUUCACCCAGAUGAAAGUUGUUCCGAUGAGGAGCGGACACGGCGGUCUGGUGCGUCCUGGAAGCCCCAUGGAGCAGCACUCUCAAGGUUACCCAUCACCGCUAGGCUCCUCAGAACACGUGUCCAGUCCUGUGUCUGCCAGCGGGCCUCCGUCAGGUCCUCUUCUGUCCACCUCGGCCUCAUUAGAGGGCGUGGACAGCCAGACUCUACAGCAGAGCCGCCCGGGAACCCAAAGCGCUGGCACCGGCUCUGGCAGCGCCACGGGCUCAUCCUCCAGCCCGACACCCUUCAACCAGAGUCAGCUGCACCAGCUGCGGGCACAGAUCAUGGCAUAUAAGAUGCUGGCCCGUGGACAGCCCCUUCCAGACCACCUACAGAUGGCGGUGCAGGGCAAGCGGCCCAUGCCAGGCAUGCAGCACGGACAGUCUUUGUCCGGUUUGCCCGCUGCUGCUGGUGGAGGCGGUGCUGGUUUCAGCCGGGGGCAUGGGAUGAUGGGACCCAGCAUGCCCCCGCCUGGACCCUCCGGAGUCCCGUCUGGUGUUCAAGGCCAGAAUCACAAUGGACCUCCAAAACCUUGGCCCGACGGUCCUAUGGUUAAUGCAGCCACUCCUUCAAAUGCUUCUCAAAAACUGAUGCCCCCGCAGCCCACCGGACGCCCCUCCCCUGCACCCCCUUCUGUUCCACCGGCCGCCUCCCCCGUCAUGCCACCACAAACCCAGUCACCAGGUCACCUGUCUCACACGUCUCAACCCACGACCGUCGUCCCUCUGCACCAGAAACAGAACCGCGUUACGCCCGUUCAGAAGCCGUGCGGCUUGGACCCGGUGGAAAUACUUCAGGAGAGAGAGUACAGACUCGAAGCUCGUAUUGCCCACCGCAUUCAGGAGCUGGAGAAUCUCCCCGGCUCUCUCCCUGGAGAUUUGCGCACCAAAGCGACGGUCGAGUUAAAAGCUCUCCGACUGCUCAACUUCCAGAGACAGCUGAGACAGGAGGUGGUGGUGUGCAUGAGGCGAGAUACGGCCUUAGAAACCUCACUGGAUGCUAAAGCCUACAAGCGCAGUAAGAGACAAUCGCUACGCGAAGCCCGAAUCACUGAAAAAUUGGAGAAACAGCAGAAGAUCGAGCAGGAACGAAAGCGCAGACAGAAACAUCAGGAAUAUCUCAACAGCAUCCUGCAGCACGCCAAGGACUUCAAGGAAUAUCAUCGUUCCAUCACCGCAAAGAUCCAGAAACUGACCAAAGCCGUGGCCACGUAUCACGCAAACACUGAGCGUGAGCAGAAGAAGGAAAAUGAGAGAAUUGAGAAAGAGAGAAUGAGAAGACUUAUGGCUGAAGAUGAGGAGGGUUACCGGAAGCUCAUCGAUCAGAAGAAGGACAAACGUCUAGCGUAUCUGCUCCAGCAGACUGAUGAAUAUGUGGCAAACCUGACGGAGCUCGUGCGCGCUCAUAAAGCUGUACAGGCUCUAAAAGAGAAGAAGAAGAAGAAGAAGAGAAAGAAGAAGCUGGAAAACGCUGAUGGACAGACUGGAGCUCUGGGACCAGAUGGAGAGCCCCUGGAUGAGACGAGUCAGAUGAGUGAUCUUCCAGUGAAGGUGAUCCAUGUGGAUAGUGGGAAGAUUUUGACCGGAGUGGAUGCUCCUAAAGCUGGGCAGCUGGACACGUGGUUGGAGAUGAAUCCGGGUUAUGAAGUCGCUCCACGAUCAGACAGUGAAGACUCUGGAUCGGAGGAAGACGAGGAAGAGGAAGAGGAGCCUCCUCCAUUGCUGCCCUCUCAAACUCCUACAGACGAGAAGAAGAAGAUCCCAGACCCAGACAGUGAAGACGUUUCUGAGGUGGACGCUCGUCACAUUAUAGAGCAUGCUAAACAGGAUGUAGAUGAUGAGUACGGCAGUGCUUCGUUUGCUCGUGGGUUACAGUCAUAUUACGCCGUGGCUCAUGCGGUUACUGAGAGAGUAGACAAACAAUCAUCACUACUGAUCAAUGGUCAACUCAAACAAUACCAGAUCAAGGGUUUGGAGUGGCUGGUGUCUCUGUAUAACAACAAUCUGAAUGGGAUCCUGGCCGAUGAGAUGGGUUUGGGGAAAACGAUUCAAACCAUCGCUCUCAUCACGUACCUCAUGGAGAACAAGCGUCUGAACGGACCGUACCUCAUCAUCGUCCCGCUCUCGACUCUUUCUAACUGGGUCUAUGAGUUCGAUAAAUGGGCGCCAUCGGUCGUGAAAGUCUCAUACAAGGGAUCUCCUGCCGCUAGAAGAGCCUUCGUACCGCAGCUGCGCAGCGGCAAGUUCAAUGUGCUGCUCACCACGUACGAAUACAUCAUCAAAGACAAACAGGUUUUGGCAAAGAUUCGCUGGAAGUACAUGAUAGUGGAUGAAGGGCAUCGAAUGAAGAACCAUCACUGUAAGCUGACGCAGGUGUUAAACACGCAUUAUCUGGCCCCGCGGCGAGUGCUGCUGACCGGGACGCCUCUGCAGAACAAACUACCAGAACUCUGGGCGCUUCUCAACUUCCUCUUGCCCACCAUCUUCAAGAGCUGCAGCACGUUUGAGCAGUGGUUCAAUGCACCGUUCGCCAUGACUGGAGAGAAGGUGGAUCUAAAUGAGGAGGAGACUAUCCUGAUCAUUCGCCGCCUGCACAAGGUGCUCCGCCCCUUCCUGUUACGCCGACUGAAGAAGGAGGUGGAGGCGCAACUGCCGGAGAAGGUGGAGUAUGUGAUCAAGUGUGAUAUGUCGGCUCUUCAGAGGGUUUUGUAUCGACACAUGCAAGCUAAAGGAGUUCUGCUUACUGACGGAUCUGAGAAAGACAAGAAGGGUAAGGGUGGCACUAAGACUUUGAUGAACACCAUUAUGCAGCUGAGAAAGAUUUGUAAUCACCCGUACAUGUUUCAGCAAAUCGAGGAAUCUUUCUCUGAGCAUUUGGGUUUCUCGGGUGGCAUCGUUCAAGGGCCUGACUUAUAUCGAGCUUCAGGAAAGUUUGAGGUUCUGGAUCGUAUUUUACCCAAAUUACGAGCGAGCAAUCACAAAGUACUGCUCUUCUGCCAAAUGACAUCAUUGAUGACCAUAAUGGAGGAUUAUUUCGCUUAUCGCAACUUCAAAUAUCUGCGUUUGGAUGGCACAACUAAAGCAGAGGAUCGUGGGAUGCUGCUAAAGACGUUUAAUGAUCCAGCCUCGCAGUAUUUUAUAUUCUUGCUGAGCACCAGGGCAGGCGGACUGGGACUCAAUCUUCAAAGCGCAGAUACGGUCAUCAUAUUCGACAGCGACUGGAAUCCUCACCAGGACCUGCAGGCUCAGGACCGAGCGCACCGGAUCGGGCAGCAGAACGAGGUGCGAGUUCUUCGUCUUUGCACCGUGAACAGUGUGGAAGAGAAGAUACUGGCAGCCGCUAAAUACAAGUUGAAUGUAGAUCAAAAGGUGAUCCAGGCUGGCAUGUUUGACCAGAAAUCUUCAAGUCAUGAGCGCAGAGCCUUUUUACAAGCUAUUCUGGAGCAUGAAGAGCAAGACGAGAACAAUGUUUUGGGAAAUCAAGUCUUAAAGCUAAAAGAAUGUUUUCAGGAAGAGGACGAGGUGCCGGAUGAUGAAACUGUCAAUCAGAUGAUCGCUCGCAGUGAAGAGGAGUUUGACCAGUUCAUGCGCAUGGAUUUGGAUCGGCGCCGCGAAGAAGCCCGGAACCCAAAGCGAAAACCUCGAUUGAUGGAGGAAGACGAGCUGCCCACCUGGAUCAUGAAGGACGAUGCUGAGGUGGAAAGGCUCACCUGUGAGGAAGAGGAGGAGAAGAUGUUCGGCCGUGGCUCUCGGCAAAGAAAAGAGGUCGAUUACAGCGAUUCGCUCACAGAGAAACAGUGGCUAAAGGCGAUUGAAGACGGGACACUGGAGGAGAUCGAAGAAGAAGUGCGGCACAAGAAAACGGCUCGGAAGAGGAGGCGCGGCCGGGACGCGGAUGCGGUUCCUUCCACCUCGGGAGCUCAAAGAGCGAGAGAAAGAGACGAAGACCUCAAAAGGCAAAAGAAACGAGGUCGUCCGCCGGCAGAGAAACUCUCGCCGAACCCUCCGUCGCUCACCAAGAAGAUGAAAAAAAUUGUGGAUGCCGUUAUUAAAUACAAGGAGAAUAACGGGCGUCAGUUAAGUGAGGUUUUCAUUCAGCUGCCAUCACGGAAAGAGCUUCCAGAAUACUACGAACUCAUUCGCAAACCCGUUGACUUCAGAAAGAUUAAGGAACGCAUUCGCAGUCACAGGUACCGCAGCCUAAAUGACCUGGAGAGAGAUGUCAUGCUGUUGUGUCAAAAUGCACAAACCUUCAACCUGGAGGGUUCACUGAUCUACGAGGACUCUAUUGUGCUGCAAUCAGUCUUCACCAGUCUGCGUCAGAAGAUUGAGAGAGAGGAAGAGAGUGAUGGAGAGGAAAGUGAAGAGGAAGAUGAAGAUGAAGGUUCAGAUUCUGAGAGUCAGUCAAACUCUGCUCGGUCAGUAAAGGUGAAAAUUAAAUUAAGCCGUAAGGACAGAAGUGCAGAUCACGGUAGAGGACGCAGGAGAACGGCGAGGACACGAGCUAAACCUGUGGUUAGUGAUGACGAUACAGAUGAAGAACAGGAGGAGGAUCGGUCCAACAGUGCCAGUGAGGAUGAACAGGGAUGAACAUGUUAGUCAACACCACCAAUGAUCUGAGACAAACCACUAACCCAUAACCAGUAUUAUGUGAAACACAAAUAUAAUCCUACAUUUACAUAUUUAUCAUAUUACUGGAAGAAAAAAUCUUUAUGAUUGUAUUUAAAUCUCAUAGUGAUGCUUAGAGACUGCGUUUAGAUGUUGUCAUGUUUUUGUGAUGCUGAAUAUUAAAGUCUAGAUAAGUAGAUUUGUGAUCAUCUGUUAACCCUUUGAGUAGAAGUAAUAUUGAAUUGUGUGUUAUUAACUUAUGUACACAUAUACAGUAAGCAGCAGUUGUAAUGUAGACCCAGCUGGAUGUUAUUUGUGUAUUCAUCAGUGUGUGUUUGUGUUUAGUUAUAUUACUGCUACUCGAUCUCUAUGAAUGUCUAUCCGGUGUAGUUUAGGCUGACAGAUUUCAUGCGCUAGCUGCUUUAUAAUAUAUCACACUGUUAAGGCAUGUGCAGUUUAUUCAGUGUUGUGUGUUUGUGUAAAAACAUUAAACUAUUUGCCUGUGUUUCAUUCA